UACACAGAGUGAGGCGUUGCAGCGAAUCGGAUCGUUACCUUUACUGGGACAAAAAGUCAGUCGAUUUGCAUCUAUUUGCAAAAAAGGAAGCAGGUGACUUGAAGCAAUUGAACUCAGAGCCGGUGGAAUGUGCGCACUGACAUAUCCAAUGCGUGAUUACUAUAAGGCUUUUCAGGAGCGCGCGUUCGCGUGUAAAAGUAAACCUUGCAUACACGUGUGAGAGGCUGCGGUACAGGCAAUCUAUAUCUCACAUAAAGACUAAACGGAUCUGAGGGGUCACUUGUACAACUUUUUACCUCGUUGAAACAGGACAAUGCCUGUUCGUAGGGGACACGUUGCGCCUCCGAACACCUUCCUGGACACCAUCAUUCGCAAAUUCGAGGGUCAAAAUCGCAAAUUCAUCAUCGCCAAUGCUCGAGUUGAAAACUGCGCCAUCAUCUUCUGCAAUGAUGGCUUUUGUGGCAUGUGUGGCUACACACGUGCAGAGGUCAUGCAGAAGCCGUGUACCUGCAGUUUUUUGUAUGGACCACAUACUGGACGAGCAGCUGUUGCCCAGAUGACCAAAGCUUUGCUGGGCUCUGAAGAAAGGAAGGUGGAGAUCUCCUUAUACAGGAAAGAUGGCGUGUGUUUGCCAUGCAUUGUAGAUGUGGUUCCAGUGAAGAAUGAGGAUGGUUUGGUCAUCAUGUUCAUCCUGAACUUUGAGCUCGCAGACCAGCUUGACAGAUCCGUGCAGGACAGCUCACCAAACACAGACAUGAACCACAAACACACCAUUCCCUGGCUGUCUAAAGCAAAAAGACGUCGGUUCAGGUUUUCUCUGCCUUUGCUUCGCUCCCUGAGCAAACAGUCUCUACAGGAAGAUACUGAAAGGGGAUACAUUCAGCAGAUGCCCCACAUGGGCCAUGAGUCAGUAGCCCUGGACAAACUCCUAUCCCUGCCUGAGCGUUCUGCAUUGGGAGGAUCUCAGCUUCUGUUGUGGGAAGAUAAGGCACAGACAGAGGCCGACGGUCAGCCAAGGCCAGUGUCACCUCCUCUCUCUCAGGGCUUCUCCCAGUCCUCCCCACGUUUGCAUAACCUUACGUCAGAGGCAUCUCCAUCCAGCUGCAGCAUGGCCCACAGUCGCUCCUGCGAGAGCCUGUUUGGAAUGCGGCCUUCACCAUCUACGAGUGACUUCAACUGGGAUAGGAAGAUGCCUGUCAGACCCAAUAGCACAGGUGCAAUGCACCUCAAAGCCAGUUUACAGAAUGCAACUUCAGACUCUGAUCUAAAUCGUCUUCGGAACUCAGUUCGGGCCGCCCAACUAGCACACAACAACCUCAUAGAUAUAAAGCAGGACCACUUAAUCGCGGUUCCACCGAGUGAGAUUGACAUCAUCGCCCCGUGCAAACUGAUAGACCGGACCCAUAACGUCACAGACAAGGUCACUCAGGUGCUGUCUCUGGGUGCAGAUGUUCUUCCCGAGUAUAAGCUCCAAGCUCCCCGCAUCCACAAAUGGACCAUCUUGCAUUACAGCCCUUUCAAGGCGGUAUGGGACUGGGUCAUCUUACUGCUUGUUAUCUACACCGCCAUCUUCACACCUUAUUCUGCAGCCUUCCUGCUCAGUGAUGAGGAAGAGGCCGCCAUGCAGAGUUGUGGCUACUCCUGUAGUCCACUUAAUGUGGUGGACCUCAUUGUCGAUAUCAUGUUCGUAGUAGACAUUGUGAUUAACUUUCGCACAACCUACGUGAACAGCAACGACGAAGUUGUGAGUCAGCCCGGCCGAAUAGCUGUCCAGUAUUUUAAAGGCUGGUUCCUCAUUGACAUGGUGGCUGCCAUUCCCUUCGACUUGCUCAUUUACCGCUCGGGAGAGGAGACAACAACUCUCAUUGGCCUACUGAAGACCGCUCGGCUGCUGCGAUUGGUGCGUGUGGCGCGUAAACUGGAUCGUUACUCCGAGUAUGGAGCUGCUGUUCUCUUUCUACUCAUGUGCACAUUCGCGCUGAUUGCCCAUUGGCUAGCGUGCAUCUGGUAUGCUAUCGGGAACGUGGAGAGGAAUAGCCAGUCACGCAUUGGUUGGCUGAAUUCUUUGGGAGAUCAGCUGGGGAAGCCUUAUGAUGUGAACAUAUCUGGAUCAGGACCCUCUAUUAAAGACAAAUACGUCACUGCCCUCUACUUCACCUUCAGCAGCCUCACUAGCGUGGGCUUUGGAAAUGUCUCCCCGAAUACCAACUCUGAGAAGAUCUUCUCUAUCUGUGUCAUGCUCAUUGGAGCUCUGAUGUACGCUAGUAUAUUUGGAAAUGUGUCAGCCAUAAUCCAGAGGUUGUACUCCGGCACCGCGCGUUACCACACUCAAAUGCUACGGGUUCGGGAGUUCAUCCGUUUCCACCAGAUCCCCAACCCACUCAGGCAAAGACUGGAGGAGUAUUUUCAACAUGCUUGGUCCUACACCAACGGCAUUGACAUGAAUGCUGUGCUAAAGGGGUUCCCAGAAUGCUUACAGGCAGACAUCUGUUUGCAUCUGAAUCGUACCUUGUUGCAGAACUGUAAAGCUUUCAAGGGGUCCACUAAAGGCUGCUUGCGUGCUUUGGCUAUGAAGUUUAAAACCACACAUGCUCCACCAGGGGACACCUUGGUCCACGCGGGUGAUGUGAUUCCGGCACUCUACUUUAUUUCUCGUGGCUCGAUUGAGAUCUUAAAGGGAGAUGUGGUAGUGGCUAUUUUAGGCAAGAAUGAUAUUUUUGGAGAGCCCAUUAACUGUUUUGCACGUCCUGGAAAAUCAAGUUCAGAUGUGAGGGCUUUGACGUACUGUGACCUGCACAAAAUCCACAGAGAAGAUGUACUGGAGGUCCUUGACAUGUAUCCAGAGUUCUCAGGCUUCUUCUGGAGCAACCUGGAGAUCACCUUUAACUUAAGAGAUACCAACACUAAAGUUGGGUCAUUGAGCAGCGACCCUGAUGAUUCUGAUCAUGGCUGUCACGACCAUCCUUCACACAGAGGAAAGUUGUUCUUUCAUACCAAGAAUGAAAGAAAGUCCAAGUCAAAAGAUGAAACAGAGGAGGCAGAAGACAAACCCAACAGAAUGACUUUCCAAACACAUAACGCAAACAUCGAACAGCAUAAGGAAAGACAAAUUUCUCAUCGGGACUCAGAUAUUUUUGCCUCCCAAUCCAGCAGUGAUGAUGAGGAAGAGUCCAAGCAGCCGUCUGUAUUAGUAAACCGCUCUCAAAGGCAUAUCGCCAGCUUCGAUAUUGCAAACGGGGAAAACCACAAAACCAGUACCACUUUUAAUACACUGUCAGGAGCUCUUUCAGGCGUAUCAAACAUGUUCAGUUUUUGGGGGGAGGACCGUGGCCAUCAGUACCAGGAAGUACCCCGCCACAGCAUGUCCUUUCCCUCAUCCUCAGUUCCAUCCAAUAUUGCCCUGCAAGAUGAUACACAUCACCCUUGCACCGAGGUAGAGAACAGACUGGAACUGAUGCAAAAACAGCUUCAACGACUUGAGAAACGGAUGUCAACAGAUAUCGGAGCCAUAAUGCAUUUGCUUCAGCGUCAGAUGGUGCAGAUUCCACCGACCUACAGCUCUCUGAUUGCUCCAUCAGAAACAUCCCCGAAUCCACACAAACCAGGCCAAAAACUAGUUCAGCCUGUCAACCCUUUAGAAUCAGAAUCACCAGCCAUUUCCUCUGAGACACUUGAUCCCCUGGACUUUGCUGACAGUCCUAUGAAGUCCAAUGAAAGCCUGUCAGGGGCGAUGGAGCUCCAGCUACUGGAUUGUUCCCCACAGCCCUCCACUGAUGGUCAGGCUCUCAAACAGAGUUCUCCUGAAGCUUAUAUGGAAACAUGGGCGCAUAGCAUGGGACAGAGUUCAUCAAACCUCUCAGAUGAUCAUCCAGCACACACUGAUUCCCGGCAGACUGAUCAAAGAAAUGAUCGUUUUUUAGAAUCAGAGACUGUAGGAACAGUUCGCCACCCACAAGCUGGACAGAGGCAAGAUACAGAGCUGGAGUGUCAAAGACGCCUGUCAUUACCAGUGCAACAUCAGUUAGAGGGAGAUUCCUCAAACCCCCCCUGAUCCAGUGACUUAAGAGUGAAGUGUUGGUUUAAUACGUCUCAGAAUAAUGCUUACAAGGACCACCACUGAGCAGAAAGAUCCUCCUACAGUACUUCAGGUUCACAUAAAUGACCUCAGACAGUCUAAUGUAAAGGUGUAUGUCACUGUGAUUUGGUAUAUGUGUGUUAGCUGGUCUAACAAUAUUGUUUUUAAUAUUUGUCUUUCACUGAAAGCAUUUAAUUUUGCAAGUGUUCAUUGUUAUUCUGAGGUGUGAAUGCAAUGAUUUGUAUUAGCAUAUCAUUUUUUGUGUUUGUAAUCAACGAUGGUCCGUCUGGAAAAAAGUAUGUCUUUGACAUACUAAUACACUGGAAAGACCAACCAGAGUAAGAAUGAUCAAGCUUUGUGACAAGGAAAUGAUCUCAGUUGGUGGAACCCAAGCUCUCAUGUAGCUGAAAUACCUCUGCGUGAGUCUAUUCAGGAAAGACUGAUACCUGCUGAAUAUUAUGACUGCGUUUUAGAGUACAUUACUGAAAGCAUGUGUUAAUAUCUUUCACGGCACAGAUUUUUCCAACAUAAUAUAGUAUCACAAAAUAUAUAAUCAUCUGUUUGACCAAAGGGUCAAUGUAUGUAGAAUGUGAUUUAGAAAGUGUAAAUUAAAAACAUAAUGUUCAAAUCCAUAUCACCAGUUCAGUUAGUGUAUAGUAAAUACAUAAAUGUAUAACCACUUGCUGCUUGU